AAUUUUUGAAUGGUGUCCUCAAAAUCCGAGUUUGGUCUGGUACGUGAAGGCAGCAAGGGCAUAACGGGUACCGGAAACAGAAAAGAAAUCGUUGUUGCUAUACGUGCGUGGAACAGCGCAGCACUUAAUUGUUCCCCGUGAUUUACUAUUGAUAAGAUCACAAAGAUGGUAAAGAUAUUCGUGGGAAACCUACCCCGUGAGGCAGAGCAGGACGAGAUCAGAGGCCUUUUUUGCCAGUACGGCGUUGUGACAGAAUGCUCCAUCAUCAAGAACUACGCCUUUGUCCACAUGGAUGACCGCAAAGCAGCCACCAAAGCCAUUAAAAAUCUCCAUCUUUACAAGCUUCAUGGGACACAAAUUAACGUGGAGGCCAGUCAUGGGAAGAACCAAGGCCCUGUGAAACUGCAUGUAGCAAAUGUAGAGAAGGGUUCUAAAGAGGAGCUGCGCGCUCUCUUUGAAGAGUAUGGUACAGUUACAGAAUGUGCGAUUGUCAAAAAUUUUGCGUUUGUGCAUAUGAGCAAUUCUGAUGAGGCCAUGGAUGCAAUCAAGGGACUGGACAACACCGAAUUCAAAGAUAAACGCAUCCAUGUCCAGCUAUCCAAGAGCCGUCCCAGAUAUGACGAAAGGGACGACUACCCUCCUCCUCCUCCCCCAGAUAGAGGUGGCUACUGGCCCCCACCUUAUCCAGGGGAGGGUCACCCGCCUCCUCCACCUGGCUAUAUGAGAGGUCGCCCGAGCCAUAUUCCCCCAGGUUAUCCUGCCCCUCCACUGCCGCCCCCUCCACCUAGGCGAGCACCAUAUCCUGACCAUCCCUAUGAGGGUGAGAGGGAUCAAUAUGGUGUAGUAGAUUACUAUGAGAAGUAUAGAACACGUCCGUAUGGCAUGACCUCCUAUGAGGAUCAACAUAGUGGUAUCCCUCCUCCUCCCCCGCCCCCUCCCCCAUCGGCUGUUGUCAGAGAGCGGCUAAUGGCGCCCGCCCUCGACCCGUAUGACCGUCGUCCCCUUCCGCCGCCUCCGUCCUCGUACUACGCCCGAGAUCGCAGUCCCCUUAGGAGACCACCUAAUGCGCCACUGCCACCUGCCAGCAAUGGCUAUUCCUACGAUCGCUCACAUGUUGCGCCGAUUACCCGUGUCCCGGCAUAUGGUGUUCCACGUGCCAGAGACCCUUAUGCAGAGCGGCUGCCUCUGCCUCCACCAGCACGCUAUGCUUAUUAAGCACACAGCAUCAUGUGAAGGAUUGUCAUCCCCCUGCGUUGCCGCUCGCUGCAUCCUGAAACACGUGACGUUUUCUGCUUCCUGUCUGCGGCUGAGCGCGUAACGUUUCCUUGAGAUGCGACGUCCUCGUCUCAUUGUGUUAUGACUUUAGGAGAACUUUAGCAUAUCGUACAAGUUUAACACAUUUCUUUUUCUCCGACUGUUUUUAAUUCAUAAUUGUGCUGUUGCUUUAGUAACAAUGGAAAUCUGAGUAAGAAUGUUUUUAUAGUGUAAUUUUUCUUUAUAAUUUAUGUUUUAAUGUGGUUUGUAUUUAGCUCAAGUCGAUUCAUGUGACUGCAGAUAACACUGAACUCAAUUAUAUCCGACCUUGACUUGAGGUUGCACGUUGUUCUCUUAAUUUUAAAACUUUCUCAUCUAAAUUAAACCGUCUGUGUGCCGUUCUUUUAAAACUGUAAAUUAAAAAGUAGGUUAGACCGUAACUCUGCCCAAUGUCGUGUUACGAAAGCGAUCUGUGCUGUGAUGUACACCGAUGUGCUCCAAAUCAUGCCCUUUGCCUCUAUAUUAAAUAUAUAUUUAGAAACACCAGCCAUCCAAAUCUGAUGAAUCGUUUUACAACCUGUAGACCCCACUCGUCAUUGUUCACCGUUACCCUCCUUGCUUCCCCCCGUCCCCCAAAGUACUCUCAAAUGUAAUACUCCUAGUUACUCUCAAAUCUGGGGAAGUGACACGACUACUGCUACUGGAGUUCUUCAGAUGAAACAGGUAAGUUUGCUUGACAGUGCUUUCUGGACCACUGGUCCAAAAAUGUAUAGUCUCACUGUACUUUUUUUUUUAGGUACAUUUUAAAUGUUGUACAAAAUGGUAUUAAACUCUUUGAGUAGAGUGAAAUCUGUGGUGUGAACUGAAGUUGCUAUACAUCUGCUUCCAUGAUUGCCACUCUACUAGAUGAUAUCUUGAACAUCUAUAUAGAUACAAGAAUGAUAUAGUACUGAUAAUUUAAUGAAGACUUUUCAGUGAAGGAUUGAAGGGUUAGAAUGGCAGCAUCCUUUUUACAGUUGACAUCAUAUGCAUGGCACUAUGCCAGAAAGAAAGUAAAUGCUAGUGUUUUAGUUUCUUUUGCUUUUGUUAAUUUGAACUACACAUGCUAAAAGAAGACUAUUAACAGAAAUGACAAAUGCCAAAUUAGUUGUCAACAAAGGUUUACAGCCCUAAUGGAGCUCACGUGGACAUCUGUUGAUUCUCAACGGAUUGAAUAAAAUAUUUAAAAAAUAAA